AUUUUCAAGAUCUGCAAAAUGUAUCUUACUAUCUGUGCAAAAAACAAUCUCUAAAAAUGUCUCUUAACAAGCCGUUCUCAAUCCUCUGUUUUGUCCUAGCCGUUAGCUUCGGCUACGUGUCUACAGAACCAAGAUGUGGGGAUUCACUGUUUUUCAGACCAAACGAUGCUUAUGAUACAAACCGUCGUGCUGUUCACUCAACUCUUGCUUCCAAUGUUCGUUCUCGAAACGGCUUCUACAACGUGUCGGUUGGUGACGGCCCUGGAAGAAUUUUUGUCUUAGGCCUCUGUAUCCCAGGGACUGAUCCAGUUGUCUGUUCCGAGUGUAUCCAACUCGCAUUCGAUGGUUUACUAGAAAGUUGUCCGAACCAGACUGACUCAUGGGAGUGGAGAGGCGACAAGACUCUCUGUUUCGUUCGUUAUUCGAACUAUUCAUUUUUCAACCAGAUUCAAUUAGAGCCUACACAGGGCCUAUAUAAUUCUGUAAGGUUCCAGGGGAACCUUACAACUUAUAGCAGAACAUGGGAUGCGUUCAUGGAUUUUAUGAUCACUCGCGUCGGCCAAUCUCGGUACGUGAGCGAUAAAUCCGCUCAGAUAGGCUCUGAUAGUAUAUACGUGCUAAUGCAGUGUAUUCCGGGGAUAUCCUCUGAGGAAUGUGAAGCCUGUAUUCAAGCAAGCGUAGAUAUGUACCAGAGUUGCUGCAAUGAGCACAUAGGUGGAACCGUUGGCAAACCUGUCUGCUUUUUCCGGUGGGAGGGUUAUAAAUAUCUUGGUGCCUUUGGUGACACGCCAUCAUCGCUACCUCCUCAACUCGUGCCGCUUCCUCCUUCUGCUCCAGAUGGGAAAACGAUUUCUACAGGAGCUAUUGUGGCGAUUGUUGUUUCCGUUGUUUUUUCUGGAGUGCUGCUUGUUUCAGGAUUAGUGUUUUGGAAGAGAAGACACUCAUAUAAAACACUAAAGCCACAAACUCAUGAUGACAUGACAACUCCACAGUCUCUGCAAUUUGAUUUUACCACAAUUCAAGCUGCAACAGAUAACUUUUCAGCGAAUAACAAGCUAGGUGAAGGGGGAUUUGGUGCUGUGUACAAGGGAAAGUUAGCAGAUGAAACAGUAAUUGCAGUGAAGCGGCUAUCAAGAAAUUCAGGACAAGGUACGCAAGAGUUCAAGAACGAGGUUGUAAUUGUGGCCAAGCUUCAACACAAGAAUCUUGUUAGGCUUCUAGGGUUUUGCGUGGAAGGAGAUGAACAAAUACUUGUCUACGAGUUUGUUCCCAACAAGAGCCUUGAUUAUUUCCUCUUUGACCCAACAAACAAGAGUCAGCUAGAUUGGAAAAGACGGUACAACAUCAUCGGAGGGAUUACGCGAGGGCUUCUCUAUCUUCAUCAAGACUCAAGGCUCACAAUUAUACAUCGUGACAUCAAAGCAAGUAAUAUACUUUUAGAUUCAGAUAUGAACCCUAAAAUAGCGGAUUUUGGAAUGGCUAGGAAUUUCAGAGUGGACCAAACUGAAGACAAGACAGGCAGAGUGGUUGGAACGUUUGGUUAUAUGCCUCCAGAAUAUAUGACGCAUGGCCAAUUUUCUACCAAGUCUGAUGUUUAUAGCUUUGGAGUAUUGAUUCUGGAGAUUGUUUGUGGAAAGAAAAAUAGCAGCUUCUAUCAGAUGGAUGAUUCUGGUGGCAAUUUGGUUACACAUGCUUGUAGGCUUUGGAACAAUGAUUCCCCCUUAGAACUCCUUGAUCCCGCUAUUAGGGAUACGUAUGAGAUGGUUGAAGUCACUAGAUGCAUCCAUAUCGGACUUUUAUGUGUUCAAGAGAACCCUACAGCUCGACCAGAAAUGUCAACAAUCUUUCAGAUGCUUACCAAUAGCUCUAUCGUUCUACCUGUGCCUCGACCACCUGGAUUUUUUUUGAGGAACAGAUCCAAUUUAGACCCCUUAACCUAUGGAUACGAGCCGGGGCAAUCCAGCAGCAAGUCUAUUCCUUGUUCUGUAGACAGUGCUUCAAUCACUUCUGUUACUCCUCGUUGAAAUUUUUAAUAUGUACCACA